CAAUGACGUCAUCAUCGUGCGCCCUAUGUCAUCAAACCGGAUGCCUGUUUUUAACCAUUAGUUUUACGCUGUAUUUGUUUAAACAACAUUGAGUUUUACAGUGUUAUCGGCAACAAAUGUUGUAAUUUAGCACCCCGCAACGUUGUUCAAUUAAAAUGUUAAAAUCAGAGAAUUUCCAUUGACGUUUACACAUCAGUAAUAAAAUAUUCCGCCGAUUUAAAUCGCAGCUGUUAAAUAGCUAAAAACAGGAUAAGCAAGGUUUAGUGUGUUGACCACAUAAAUCCAGUGCACCAUGGGUGCUGAACAAAGUGGAGAUGCUGAACACAAGCAUUUAGACUUCAGUACUUCAGUUGUACCUUCUCCAGCAAAGCAAAGAGCCAAAAUGGAUGACAUAGUGGUUGUGGCUCAAGGAACACAGUCAUUACGGAACAUCCAUAAUGAUCCGGAUGUCAUAAAGCUACAAGAAAUUCCCACCUUUCAGCCUCUUCUUAAAGGUGUACUCAGUGGGCAAACUUCCCCCAGCACUGUUUGUCUAGAAAAACUAGAUUCUGCACAGGUACUACAGCUGUGUGUCCGAUAUCAAGAUCAUUUACACCAGUGUGCAGAGGCUGUCGCCUUUGACCAGAACGCUCUGGUCAAGAGGGUCAAAGAGAUGGAUCUUUCCGUGGAGGCACUUUUCAGCAUCAUGCAGGAGAGACAAAAACGUUACGCCAAGUACGCCGAACAGAUCCAAAAGGUCAAUGAGAUGUCCAUGAUUCUGAGACGCAUCCAGAUGGGCAUUGACCAAACGAUACCUCUGAUGGAGCGUCUCAACAACCUUCUACCUGAAAGUGAGCGUCUGGAGCACUUUAGCAUGAAGCAUGAUGGAGACAUUAAAUAGCGUCCAGCAUCACCUGGGGUCAUGCUAACAAAGUGGCAUUGUACAGAAUGACUGGUGCUUUGGUCCUUUUCGUUUUGCACUCUGAGAAUCUUGCUGUCUGGAUCUAGCCAUAAAAACGUUAUGUGUUACAUAUUGUAAAAAUGUCAAAAUGGUUAAGUCAUGUAUGUGUACAUAUACCUGUUAGGCUUAAAAGAGUGCUUUUAAAGCAUGAUAACAUAUAGUUUUGCCUAAUUUAAAAACAAAUUUAAUAAAAAUGAUUCACUAAUAA